UUCUGAAUUUAAACAGGCUGUCCAUUGAACCAGACACAAGUCCCGUUCUUCUACUCCUCUUUUUCUUCACCUUUGCAGGUCUCUGUGCUGGCAAUGUGUGUGGGGAUCUGUGCCCGGGUCUUGGGUCCAUGCCUCUUUAUCUUGGGCCUGCUUUCCAUCCUUGCCAACAUUCUCCUACUCUUUCCCAGCUGGGAAUGGCGCUACCUCCACAUGAAACAAAUCACUCAGAAGGCAAUGCAAAUGCCAGGAAUAUGGGGUGGAGGUCUCUUCGUCUUUCCUGCUGCAGUUCAGAUCACAUGUAUUGGCUGGCAAUGUGGUUGUUACAACACCUCAGGAACUUGCCGAAAGAUGUUUGUCUCCAUUUUAUUAUCAGGACUGGCCUUAUUGGGAUCAGCUGCUUGCUUUAUAUUAUCUGGGGUAGGCUUGACAGAGGGACCUCUCUGUCUCUAUAAUUCCACCCACAAUAACAUGAAGAUACAGCAGUGGGAUUAUCCAUUCCUUGCUCUUGACAGUGAGCACAUGAACAGCAGGACUUCUCAGAAUUACUUGUAUGAGCCUUCCCUUUGGAACUCAGUUUGUAUCGAGCCAUCGAAUAUUGUCAGCUGGAAUGUCUAUUUCUUUUCUGCACUUCUAAUCAUCAGCAUGGUUGAGAUGGUCCUGGCUGCUCUCCAGAUCAUCAGUGCCUUUUUUGGAUGUAUCUGUGGCUUAUGUGAAAAGAAGUAG